AUGGAUAUAAAGGACCGAAGACACCGCUCUUUGACCAGAGGUCGGUGCGGUAAGGAAUGUCGCUAUACAAGUUCCUCCCUGGACAGUGAGGAUUGUCGAGUGCCAACUCAGAAGUCAUACAGCUCAAGUGAGACCCUGAAGGCCUAUGAUCAUGACACCAGGAUGCACUAUGGAAACCGAGUUUCGGAUCUGGUUCACAGAGAGUCAGAUGAGUUUCCAAGACAAGGAACUAACUUCACCCUUGCAGAACUAGGAAUCUGUGAACCUUCCCCUCAUCGAAGUGGUUACUGCUCCGACAUAGGAAUUCUUCACCAAGGCUACUCCUUAAGCACAGGCUCUGAUGCUGACUCAGACACAGAGGGAGGAAUGUCUCCAGAGCAUGCUAUAAGAUUAUGGGGGAGAGGAAUCAAAUCCAGACGCAGUUCCGGUCUGUCAAGUCGUGAAAACUCAGCCCUUACCCUGACUGACUCUGAUAAUGAAAAUAAGUCAGAUGAUGAAAACGGUCGUCCCAUUCCACCUACAUCCUCGUCUAGCCUUCUCCCAUCUGCUCAGCUGCCUAGCUCCCAUAAUCCUCCACCAGUUAGCUGCCAGAUGCCAUUGCUAGACAGCAACACCUCCCAUCAAAUCAUGGACACCAACCCUGAUGAGGAAUUCUCCCCUAAUUCAUAUCUGCUCAGAGCAUGCUCAGGGCCCCAGCAAGCCUCCAGCAGUGGCCCACCAAACCACCACAGCCAGUCAACUCUGAGGCCACCUCUUCCACCCCCGCACAACCACACCCUGUCCCAUCACCAUUCUUCUGCCAACUCCCUCAAUAGGAACUCACUGACCAAUCGACGGAGCCAGAUCCAUGCCCCAGCUCCUGCUCCAAAUGACCUGGCCACCACUCCUGAGUCUGUCCAGCUUCAGGACAGCUGGGUGCUCAAUAGCAACGUGCCACUGGAGACCAGGCAUUUCUUGUUCAAGACGUCUUCUGGAACUACCCCUCUGUUCAGCAGCUCUUCUCCUGGAUACCCUCUGACCUCAGGAACUGUUUAUACUCCACCCCCCAGACUCCUGCCCAGGAACACUUUCUCCAGGAAUGCUUUCAAGCUGAAGAAGCCAUCCAAGUACUGCAGCUGGAAGUGUGCCGCCCUGUCUGCUAUUGCAGCAGCCGUACUUCUCGCUAUUCUAUUGGCUUAUUUCAUAGCAAUGCAUCUGCUCGGACUCAAUUGGCAACUACAGCCGGCAGAUGGACACACCUUUAACAAUGGGAUAAGGACCGGAUUACCAGGAAACGAUGAUGUGGUAACAUUGCCAUCUGGAGGCAAAGGGCCCUGGACUCUAAAAAACAGCAGCAUAGAUAGCGGGGAAGCUGAGGUAGGAAGACGGGUCACCCAAGAAGUACCUCCAGGGGUGUUCUGGAGAUCUCAGAUUCACAUCAGUCAGCCUCAGUUCUUAAAGUUCAACAUUUCCCUCGGGAAGGAUGCUCUUUUUGGCGUGUAUAUAAGAAGAGGACUUCCACCAUCUCAUGCCCAGUAUGACUUCAUGGAACGCCUGGAUGGCAAAGAGAAAUGGAGUGUGGUAGAGUCUCCCCGAGAACGCCGGAGCAUCCAGACACUGGUCCAGAAUGAAGCUGUGUUUGUACAAUAUUUGGAUGUAGGUCUAUGGCACCUGGCCUUUUACAAUGAUGGCAAAGACAAAGAAAUGGUUUCCUUCAACACAGUUGUCUUAGAUUCAGUGCAGGAUUGUCCACGUAAUUGCCACGGGAAUGGCGAGUGUGUGUCCGGAGUGUGUCAUUGCUUCCCUGGAUUCCACGGAGCAGAUUGCGCUAAAGCUGCCUGCCCUGUCCUGUGUAGCGGAAAUGGACAAUAUUCAAAAGGAACGUGCCAGUGCUACAGCGGCUGGAAAGGCGCGGAAUGUGAUGUACCCCUGAGUCAGUGUAUCGAUCCUUCAUGCGGAGGUCACGGCUCUUGCAUUGAAGGGAACUGUGUUUGCUCUGUUGGCUACAAAGGAGGGAACUGUGAGGAAGUUGAUUGCUUAGAUCCAACCUGCUCCACCCAUGGAGUCUGCGUGAAUGGAGCAUGCAUCUGUGGUCCUGGUUGGGGAGGUAUAAACUGUGAGCUUCCAAGGGCCCAGUGCCCAGAUCAAUGCAGUGGGCAUGGCACAUACCUCAGUGACACCGGACUUUGCAGCUGUGAUCCCAACUGGAUGGGUCCCGACUGUUCUGUUGAAGUGUGCUCAGUAGACUGUGGCACUCACGGCGUCUGCAUCGGGGGAACGUGUCGCUGUGAAGAGGGAUGGACAGGGGUGGCUUGUGACCAACGCGUGUGCCACCCUCGCUGCACUGAGCAUGGGACCUGUAAAGAUGGGAAAUGUGAAUGCCGAGAGGGCUGGAAUGGGGAACACUGCACCAUUGAUGGCUGCCCCGAUUUGUGCAGUGGCAAUGGGAGAUGCACACUCGGUCAGAACAGCUGGCAGUGUGUCUGCCAGACCGGCUGGAGAGGGCCCGGAUGCAACGUUGCCAUGGAAACCUCCUGUGCCGAUAACAAGGAUAAUGAGGGAGAUGGCCUGGUGGACUGCUUGGACCCUGACUGCUGCCUCCAGUCGACCUGUCACAACAGCCUGCUCUGCCGAGGAUCCCGAGACCCUCUUGACAUCAUUCAGCAGGGUCAGACAGGCUUGCCAGCCGUGAAGUCUUUCUAUGACCGUAUCAAACUCUUAGUGGGGAAAGACAGCACCCACAUCAUUCCUGGAGACAACCCCUUCAACAGCAGCCUGGUAUCUCUCAUCCGAGGCCAAGUGGUGACUACAGAUGGAACUCCCCUUGUCGGUGUCAACGUGUCGUUUGUCAAAUAUCCAAAGUACGGCUACACCAUCACCCGCCAGGAUGGCACGUUUGACCUUAUUGCCAAUGGAGGUGCAUCCCUGACCUUGCAUUUUGAGCGAGCUCCUUUUAUGAGCCAGGAGAGGACCGUGUGGCUUCCGUGGAACAGCUUCUAUGCUAUGGACACUCUCGUGAUGAAAACAGAAGAGAAUUCCAUCCCCAGCUGUGACCUCAGUGGCUUUGUCCGGCCUGAUCCUAUCAUCAUUUCCUCCCCACUGUCCACCUUCUUCAGCGCUACCCCUGGGCGGAACCCCAUCGUGCCUGAGACCCAGGUCCUCCAUGAAGAAAUCGAGAUCCCCGGCUCCACUGUGAGGCUGUGCUAUCUGAGCUCGAGGACGGCCGGGUAUAAAUCCCUGCUGAAGAUCACCAUGACUCAGUCCACCGUGCCUCUGAACCUAAUUAAAGUUCACCUGAUGGUAGCAGUGGAAGGGCAUCUAUUUCAGAAAUCAUUCCAGGCUUCCCCCAAUUUGGCCUAUACAUUUAUCUGGGAUAAGACGGAUGCUUAUGGCCAGAGGGUGUAUGGGCUUUCAGAUGCUGUGGUCUCUGUUGGGUUUGAAUAUGAGACCUGCCCUAGCCUAAUUCUCUGGGAGAAAAGGACCGCAUUACUUCAAGGAUUUGAGUUGGACCCUUCCAAUCUGGGGGGUUGGUCUCUGGACAAGCAUCACAUACUAAAUGUCAAAAGUGGAAUCCUCCAUAAGGGCACUGGGGAGAACCAGUUCCUGACCCAGCAGCCUGCCAUCAUCACCAGCAUCAUGGGGAAUGGACGAAGGAGGAGCAUCUCCUGUCCAAGCUGCAAUGGUCUCGCCGAAGGGAACAAGCUUCUGGCUCCUGUGGCUCUGGCUGUGGGGAUCGAUGGGAGUCUUUUUGUCGGGGAUUUUAAUUACAUCCGGCGCAUUUUCCCUUCUCGGAAUGUGACCAGCAUCCUAGAAUUACGAAAUAAAGAGUUUAAACAUAGCAAUAACCCUGCCCACAAGUAUUACCUAGCAGUGGACCCUGUCUCCGGCUCACUCUAUGUGUCAGAUACCAACAGUCGGAGGAUUUACCGCGUCAAGUCUUUGACAGGAGCCAAGGACCUGGCUGGGAACUCAGAAGUAGUGGCAGGGACGGGAGAGCAGUGCUUGCCCUUUGAUGAGGCCCGCUGUGGAGAUGGGGGAAAGGCUGUGGAUGCAACGCUGAUGAGUCCUCGAGGUAUCGCAGUAGACAAGAAUGGCCUCAUGUACUUUGUGGAUGCCACCAUGAUCCGGAAGGUGGACCAAAAUGGAAUCAUCUCCACACUGUUGGGCUCCAAUGAUCUGACCGCCGUCCGUCCUCUGAGCUGUGAUUCCAGCAUGGACGUGGCCCAGGUUCGAUUGGAAUGGCCAACUGAUCUUGCUGUCAACCCUAUGGACAACUCCCUCUAUGUGCUGGAGAACAACGUCAUCCUGCGAAUCACUGAGAACCAUCAAGUGAGCAUCAUUGCAGGCCGCCCCAUGCACUGCCAAGUCCCAGGCAUUGAUUACUCCCUCAGCAAAUUGGCCAUUCACUCUGCCCUGGAAUCAGCUAGUGCCAUUGCUAUCUCCCAUACUGGUAUCCUCUAUAUCACGGAGACAGACGAGAAGAAAAUCAACCGACUGCGCCAGGUGACCACCAAUGGGGAAAUCUGCCUGUUAGCUGGUGCUGCCUCAGACUGCGAUUGCAAAAAUGAUGUCAACUGCAACUGCUAUUCUGGGGAUGAAGCCUAUGCUACCGAUGCCAUAUUGAAUUCUCCAUCUUCCCUGGCUGUGGCCCCAGAUGGAACCAUCUAUAUUGCUGACCUAGGAAAUAUUCGGAUUAGGGCAGUUAGCAAGAAUAAGCCCGUCCUAAAUGCUUUCAACCAGUAUGAGGCAGCGUCCCCAGGGGAACAAGAGUUGUAUGUCUUCAACGCAGAUGGCAUUCACCAGUACACCCAAAGUCUGGUGACGGGAGAAUACUUAUACAACUUCACUUACAGCGCUGACAAUGAUGUUACUGAACUGGUCGAUAACAAUGGUAACUCCUUGAAGAUCCGCAGGGACAACAACGGUAUGGCCCGCCACCUGCUGAUGCCUGACAAUCAGAUCAUCACUCUCACUGUGGGCAGCAAUGGAGGCUUGAAAGUUGUGUCUACCCAGAACCUAGAGCUUGGACUCAUGACCUAUGAUGGAAGCACAGGCCUCCUAGCCACCAAGAGUGAUGAAACUGGAUGGACAACCUUCUAUGACUAUGACCACGAAGGCCGCCUAACGAAUGUGACACGCCCAACCGGAGUGGUGACCAGCCUACACAGGGAAAUGGAGAAGUCAAUCACCAUAGAUAUUGAGAACUCCAACCGUGAUGAUGACGUCACUGUCAUCACCAACCUGUCCUCUGUGGAAGCCUCAUACACUGUGGUUCAAGAUCAAGUUCGGAACAGCUACCAGCUCUGCAACAAUGGCACCCUGAGAGUCCUGUAUGCCAAUGGAAUGGCGGUCAGCUUCCAUAGCGAGCCCCACGUCCUGGCAGGAACCAUCACACCCACCAUUGGGCGUUGCAACAUUUCGCUGCCCAUGGAGAAUGGCUUAAACUCCAUUGAGUGGCGUCUAAGAAAAGAGCAGAUUAAAGGCAAAGUUACUGUCUUUGGGAGGAAACUUCGGGUCCAUGGGAGAAACCUCCUGUCUAUUGACUAUGACCGGAACAUCCGAACAGAGAAGAUCUAUGAUGAUCAUCGAAAGUUUACCCUGAGGAUCAUUUACGACCAAGUGGGACGCCCUUUUCUCUGGCUUCCCAGCAGUGGGCUAGCUGCAGUCAAUGUCUCCUACUUCUUCAACGGUAGGCUGGCAGGCCUCCAACGUGGGGCCAUGAGCGAAAGGACAGACAUAGACAAACAGGGCCGGAUCAUCUCUCGAAUGUUUUCUGAUGGCAAAGUGUGGAGCUACUCCUACCUUGACAAAUCCAUGGUCCUCCUGAUGCAGAGCCAGAGGCAAUACAUAUUUGAAUAUGAUGCCUCUGACCGUCUCCAUGCUGUCACCAUGCCCAGUGUUGCCAGGCACAGCAUGUCCACUCACACCUCCAUUGGCUACAUCAGGAACAUUUAUAAUCCUCCAGAGAGCAAUGCUUCAGUCAUCUUUGAUUAUAGUGAUGAUGGCCGCAUUCUAAAGACAUCCUUUUUGGGGACUGGACGACAAGUGUUCUACAAAUAUGGGAAGCUGUCCAAGCUGUCUGAAAUAGUCUAUGACAGCACAGCAGUCACUUUUGGUUACGAUGAGACAACCGGUGUUUUGAAGAUGGUGAACCUCCAAAGUGGCGGGUUCUCCUGCACUAUUCGAUACCGGAAAAUCGGCCCCCUUGUUGACAAACAGAUUUACAGGUUCUCAGAGGAAGGCAUGGUCAAUGCAAGGUUUGACUACACCUACCAUGACAACAGCUUUCGGAUCGCAAGCAUCAAACCCGUCAUAAGUGAGACUCCUCUUCCAGUGGAUCUCUACCGCUAUGAUGAGAUCUCUGGCAAAGUAGAGCACUUUGGUAAAUUUGGAGUCAUCUAUUAUGACAUAAAUCAAAUCAUCACAACCGCAGUCAUGACUCUGAGCAAACAUUUUGAUACCCACGGGAGGAUUAAGGAAGUCCAGUAUGAAAUGUUCAGGUCCCUCAUGUACUGGAUGACAGUCCAAUAUGACAGCAUGGGAAGAGUGACCAAGAGGGAGCUGAAACUGGGACCUUAUGCCAAUACUACCAAAUAUACCUAUGACUAUGAUGGGGAUGGGCAGCUCCAGAGUGUGGCAGUCAAUGACAGACCAACCUGGCGCUACAGCUAUGACCUUAAUGGAAAUCUUCACCUGCUGAAUCCCGGGAACAGUGUCCGGAUCAUACCCUUACGCUUUGACCUCCGGGAUAGGAUUACACGUCUAGGUGACAUACAGUACAAGAUAGAUGACGAUGGCUACCUCUGCCAGAGAGGUUCAGAUAUCUUCGAGUACAACUCUAAGGGUCUCCUGACAAGAGCCUACAACAAGGCCAGCGGGUGGAGCGUUCAGUACCGGUACGAUGGAGUGGGGCGGCGAGCCUCCUGCAAGACCAACCUUGGUCACCAUUUGCAAUAUUUUUAUUCUGACCUCCACAACCCAACUCGGAUGACUCAUGUCUAUAACCAUUCCAACUCAGAGAUCACUUCCCUUUACUAUGACCUCCAGGGCCAUCUCUUUGCCAUGGAGAGCAGCAGUGGAGAGGAGUACUAUGUAGCAUCAGACAACACUGGAACUCCCCUGGCAGUUUUCAGCAUAAAUGGUCUUAUGAUCAAACAGCUGCAGUAUACAGCCUAUGGGGAGAUUUACUAUGACUCUAACCCUGACUUUCAAUUAGUCAUUGGCUUCCAUGGGGGACUCUAUGAUCCCCUAACCAAGUUGGUCCACUUCACUCAGAGAGACUAUGAUGUACUGGCAGGUCGUUGGACCUCCCCUGACUAUACCAUGUGGAGAAACAUUGGCAAAGAACCAGCCCCCUUCAACCUAUAUAUGUUCAAAAGCAACAACCCUCUCAGCAAUGAGCUGGAUUUGAAAAAUUACGUGACAGAUGUGAAAAGCUGGCUUGUGAUGUUUGGGUUUCAGCUCAGCAAUAUCAUUCCUGGUUUCCCAAGAGCUAAAAUGUACUUUGUGCCUCCACCUUAUGAAUUGUCAGAAAGUCAAGCUAAGUGCCAGGCCUGGAGUCCAGGAAGACUCAUCUUCCUGAUCCAGCAGACAACAGAGAGGCAUAAUCAGGCAUUCAUGGCCCUGGAGGGGCAGGUCAUCUCUAAACGACUCCAUGCCAGCAUCCGAGAGAAAGCUGGCCACUGGUUUGCCACUACCACACCCAUCAUUGGGAAAGGGAUCAUGUUUGCCAUCAAAGAAGGGCGUGUAGUGACUGGAGUGUCCAGCAUCGCCAGCGAAGACAGUCGGAAGGUGGCCUCUGUUCUGAACAAUGCCUAUUACCUGGACAAGAUGCACUACAGCAUAGAGGGGAAGGACACGCACUACUUCGUGAAAAUCGGCUCCUCUGAUAGUGACCUGGUUACUCUUGCCAUGACGAGUGGGCGGAAGGUGCUGGACAGUGGGGUAAAUGUGACCAUGUCGCAGCCCACCUUGCUGGUCAACGGGAGGACUCGAAGGUUCACAAACAUUGAGUUCCAGUACCGAACGCUCCUGCUCAACAUCCGCUACGGCCUCACCCCAGACACACUUGAUGAAGAGAAAGCCCGAGUCCUGGACCAGGCGAGGCAGAGGGCCCUGGGGGCAGCAUGGGCCAAGGAACAGCAGAAAGCCCGGGAAGGGAGGGAGGGCAGCCGCUUGUGGACUGAUGGAGAGAAGCAGCAGCUCCUGAGCACUGGAAGGGUGCAAGGUUACGAGGGAUACUAUGUCCUUCCCGUGGAGCAGUACCCAGAGCUUGCGGACAGUAGCAGCAACAUCCAGUUUUUAAGACAGAAUGAAAUGGGAAAGAGGUAACAAAAUGAUCUGCUUGCUGCCAUUCCUUGUCUGGAUGGCUUAGUAGGCGUAACUGUUAUCUCCUCUCCUAAGGAGAUGAAGACCUAACCAGGGGCACUAGGCUGAGCUGCUUUGGGAUAAUAAGUGGCAAAAAGGGAAAAAAAAAAAAAGAAAAGCUCAUUUUUUGAGUUCGGAUGCUGCUGUCCAAGUGAGACGUUCCACAUCCUCAAGUGGACUAAAAGCCUAACUGAAAACUCACCGGGAAAAAAAUGUUCCAAGUUCCCCUAAGAUAUUACCCACUUGUUCUGGGUCUAAAGAAAAG